UUCCGCGACCGGCUGGGGAUUCAGUUCUCCGCGGCGCUAUGAGUUCCUUCGAGGGACAGAUGGCCGAGUAUCCCACCAUCUCCAUAGACCGCUUCGACAGGGAGAACCUGAGAGCCCGAGCCUACUUUCUUUCCCACUGCCACAAGGAUCACAUGAAAGGAUUAAGGGCCCCUGCCUUGAAAAGAAGGUUGGAGUGCAGCUUGAAGGUUUACCUGUACUGUUCUCCUGUUACUAAGGAGUUGUUGUUAACUAGCCCGAAAUACAGAUUUUGGGAGAAACGAAUUAUAUCAAUUGAAAUUGAAACUCCUACCCAGAUAUCGUUAGUUGAUGAAGCAUCAGGAGAGAAGGAAGAGAUUGUUGUGACUCUUUUGCCUGCUGGUCACUGCCCAGGAUCAGUUAUGUUUUUAUUUCAGGGCAAUAACGGAACUGUCUUGUACACAGGAGACUUCAGACUAGCGAAAGGAGAAGCUGCCAGAAUGGAACUUCUGCACUCUGGGGGAAGAGUAAAAGACAUCCAAAGUGUAUAUCUAGAUACUACUUUCUGCGAUCCAAGAUUUUAUCAGAUUCCAAGUCGCGGGGAGUGUUUAAGUGGAAUUUUAGAGCUGGUUCGAAGCUGGAUCACUCGGAGCCCGUACCAUGUUGUGUGGCUGAACUGCAAAGCAGCUUAUGGCUAUGAAUAUUUAUUCACCAAUCUUAGUGAAGAGUUGGGAGUCCAGAUUCAUGUGGACAAGCUGGACAUGUUUAGAAACAUGCCUGACAUUCUUCAUCAUCUCACAACAGACCGUGGCACUCAGAUCCACGCGUGUCGGCAUCCAAAGGCAGAGGAGUAUUUUCAGUGGAAUAAAUUACCUUGUGGAAUUACUUUCAAAAAUGGAAUUCCACUCCACACAAUCAGCAUUAAGCCUUCCACCAUGUGGUUUGGAGAAAGAACUAGAAAAACAAAUGUAAUAGUGAGGACUGGAGAGAGUUCAUAUAGAGCUUGCUUUUCUUUUCACUCCUCCUAUAGUGAGAUUAAAGAUUUCUUAAGCUACAUUUGUCCUGUGAAUGCAUAUCCAAAUGUCAUCCCACUGGGCACAACUAUGGAUAAAGUUAGAGAAAUCUUAAAGCCUUUAUGCAGGUCUUCCCAAAGUAUUCAGCCAAAGUAUAAACCACUUGGAAAACUGAAGAGAGCUAGAACAAUCCGAGUAGACUCAGAAGAGGAGGAUGAACUCUUUGAUGACCCUCUGCCAGUACCAUUAAGGCACAAGGUUCCAUACCAGCUAACUCUUCACCCUGAGGUAUUUUCAAUGACUGUAAUAUCACAAAACCAGCCUGAAGAACUCAGACAAAGCACAGGAUGUUUCAAAACAGAGAGGAUACAAAACUCUCUUUUGACCAAUUUUAUAGAUUGUGAAGAAUCUAACAGUGAAAGUGAAGAAGAAUCAGAAAUCCUAUCUUCAAUGCAAGAAGAUGUGGGCCCUGUAACACUUCCCCAGCAAAAGGCUGAUGUGGAUGUACCACAGUGGGAAGUAUUCUUUAAAAGAAAAGAUGACAUCACAGAUGAGGGUUUGGAAAACUUUCCUUCCUCCACAGAGACAAGAGGAUCUCAGUCACCCAAGCUUUUCAGCGACUCUGAUGGAGAAUCAACCCACAUCUCCUCCCAGAAUUCUUCUCAGUCAACACACAUAACGGAACAAGGAAGUCAAGGAUGGGAUAGCCAAUCUGAUACUGUUUUGUUAUCUUCCCAAGAGAAAAACAUUGGGGAUAUUACCACUUUGAACAAAGGUGCCUACAGACCAAAAGACAAAGAAAAUAUUCCUACUUCUCAGAUGGAACAAAAUGUACUUUGCCCAAAGGAUACUUACUCUGAUUUAAAAAGCAGAGAUCUGGAAGUAACUACAACUCCUACUGUUGGAGAACCAACUACUCUGAGUGGUGGAAAACAUAUACCUGAGAAAAACAGGUCACUAAAUCUUAGCACACAGGCAGAUUCACAGAGCUCCUCUGAUUUUGAAAUUCCCUCAACUCCAGAAGUGGAGCUACCUAAACAAGAGCAUUUAUACUAUUUAUAUGAGAAAAUGGCAACAGGUGAGAGUAUAGUAGUUGAAAGAAAAUGUUCACUCUUAGAUAUUUAAAACAUCAAAGAUUAAUUUAAAUGGAAUACUUAAUCUUCAAAUAACCACAAAGGAACAAAGCACAUGAGAUGGUAGAACUAAAUGUAAACGUCUAAACACAUCAAUGAAAAGACAUCUGGGGAAACAAAAAUAACCCAAUUACAUGCUGUCUAUAAGAAACUUAGUUCAAAUAAUAAGUUAAAAGGAUGGAAAAAAGAUACACCAUGUAAAUAAAAUUCUAAAAGCUGGAGUAACUAUAUAACUAUAUAAAUACCAGUUUCCAAAUAAAAGGUUCUGGUUACCAAGAAGACAGAAGAAUCCUAAGUUUGUAUGUACUUAACAGAUUCAAAAUACAUGAAGCAAAAACAAAAGGAAAAACAAAUUAAUGUACAAUUAGAUUUUAACAUUCUUCUCUUUGUAAGAGAACUAGUAUAAAUACAGUCAACUGGAUCUAAGUGACAUUUAUAGAACACUCCACCUAAUUGCAGACCACAACUCUUUUCACCAAGACAUAAAAAGAAUUUAAAUUAGAAUAACUGAAUCUAUCACAAUAAAUUGAUGGUUAUGGGAGGGAAUCACCUUAUUACUCUCAAAAGAUGUUCUACCACUUUAUACCCUUGGUCUGAAUACAGUGGUAAAACAAGAAUGUAAAAGAAAAUGCUAAUGAAUUAAAUGACUGUAUGCUCUGAGUCAUUAAGUUCAACAGUGCUUCUAUUAUGAGAAUUCAAUAAAGCUUUACAAACAUUCAUAAAUACUUCAAUUCAGUAUGCUAACAUUUCACACACUGAUAAAAGCUGAAACAUAACUCUUGUGGUAUCUCACAAUUUGUAGAUCAAACUGACAAUGAUCAUCAUCAUGCUGCAUAGUAAUCACACCAGAAAGUAGUACUGGAUCCACCAGACUACAGUGACUAUAUGUUUGUAUAUAUUCACUAAUACUGAAGACUUGGUUUUAAUAGUAUACCUUAUGAUUCAAGAUAGGCAUACAAAAAAUACCUAUAAACAUUCUUCUGAAUAUGUUCCUAGCAUUUUAUAAUCACAUUUUAUCAUGUCUUAAAAAUGCUGGCUGAAUUCAAGGGCUAAGCAGUACAGACUGAUCAACAUACUUGUAGAGAUUAUCAGAUUUUUAAUGCAGAGGUUUUGAGUAAUAGAACUUGUACAUAGUGCUUAUUCUGUGAAAAAGUUUUUUAUACACAUACAUAUGCUUUAAUUCUUAUAACUGCCCUUUGAGGGACAGGAUACUAAGGCACACAGGUUAGUUCACAUAGCUAGUAAGGGGUAAAGCCAGGAUUCAAACACAAGCAACUUGGCUUUAUAAUCUCUGCUCUUAAGCAUUUCAAAAACAGCAUAAAAAUGGGCAGGACUAACUUAGUUGCUACUUGAUUUUUUUAUUUCAAGAACUGUUAAAAGGGAAAGUGAAAAAAAGUUGAAUCCCAGGAACUAAAUACUUUGAGAGUAGAAUUUUUUUUUAAGUAUCCCUGAAGUUGAAGAUUAAAUACUUAUAAAAUAAGUAAAGUUUUCAGCCUAGCAGCUGGUGAUCUUGGGCACAUUAUUACCUAACCAGUCUAAUCCUGCUACCCUAGGUAUUACACAGGGAUGAUGGCACCAACCUUCUAGAUUUAUGCAAAGUACAUGUGUAUACACAUAAAGGGUCUAAGCCUUAGUCAAUGAAUAUUAGUUCUAAAUUCUAAAAUUCCUUUGCAUUUCAAGGCAAACUUAGUGAGUUUAAGGACCUGGUAACUAAUAACACAAAUAAUUUCAAAUAUACAUUAUCUGUCCAUAUUGUGUUAAAUGGAUGUUCAACUGUACUUCUAAUAUUCAAAUGCAUGAACCCAUAGAGGAACUGUAUAGAAACCUUUGGUUAAUCUCAUCAGUAGAUAGGAAUGUUAUCAGUACCUUUCUAUAGGCUACUGGAAACAUUCAAAUGCAAAGUUGAGCCUUGAUAAAUAGAAUAUCAAAUGCCAAACAAUUUAUUUUGCUAAGGAGAAACUGAACUAAACAGUGCAGUCUCAAUUUUGAAAAUCUGGAGAAAAACCCCUGAGAUUACCAAUCGUACAUUACAAUUCUAUACAGAUAAUGGAAAUGAUGGUCUUACAAUUUGCAGAUUUAUACUUCAAAUAUGUUGUUACCCUUGAAUACCUGCAAUGUAUUGAGAAUAAAUUCUCAUGUCUUUAGGAAAUCAAAAUGAAGAAACUAAAUGUUGAUUAAAAUAGUUAAAGUCCCUAACAACUUCAUUUCUAUAGUUCCUAUUAUUUUACUGCCUAAGUUUAGCUUUUUAACAUAAAGGUAACACAAGUACUCACAAUCUCAAAGGCCCAUUAAAUUUCUAUUAGGACAAAACAAAAGUCUUUUUCCCUUUGUCCUCUAGUUUUACACCUUUUUAAAAACUCAGACAGUAGAUGAGAUCAAAUAACUAGAUAGUAAAUUAAUGACUAAAAAAAUUAAACCUUUGGGCUGGAGUUGUAGCUCAGUGGUGGAGCUCUUGCCUACCACACGUUAGGCAGUGGGUUUGAUCCUCAGCACCACAUGAAAAUAAAGGCAUUGUGUCCAUCUACAAAUAAAAACAUUUUUUAAAAAAUUAAACCUUUAAACCUAUGAAAAUGAUAAUUCAAAGCAAGCUUGGUCACCUGGGGCAACCUGUAAAUCUGUGAUACUUUCUCACCAUUGACACCAUGUAACUAAAUUUUUUCAUAAAGAAAACACAAGAAAUGCUAUUAAAAAAUAUAUUUUUUCUUGACACAUUCUGUAAUUUUUGGUUAGCAGACACUAUGAGACUCCAAACAUGCAAACAAUUUAUCCUACAUUAUGAAAGAGCAAAGUCAUGUGAUAGCAAUAUAGUGAAUAAUAAAGUACAAAAAAGGGGUUAAGAAUCAAGAUAUUUGAAAGUACUACAUUCUUGAAUUCAGUUCACUUUUACCCCAGCUUACUGUAGAUCAUUAAAGCCUAGAGCAAUGAGCAUAGGUAGGACUUAAUUAGGAAUACUGAAAGCUAGAUUUGUGGCAUCUUCAUGUUGGACACCAUGAUUAGAAAUCCCAGAAUCAGAGAUGAAAAGUUUUCCUGAUUGAGGUUUUACUAUACAUGGGGGAAAUCUUUCCAUUCAGUCAUUAUUAAUAAAAGGUCUCAAUUCAGGCAUACACUUUGGCCUAUAUUAGCUUUAGCAUAUCUAAAAAAAUUCAUGUAUAAAACAAGUAUCAGUUCAAAUAUAGAUUACUUUUUAAGAAGAACCUGCAGGAAAUAUAAAAAUAAUUAAAUCUGGUGGAAAGGAAAUGUUAAAACUGCCUGAAAUUGAAAGGAUGUAAUUGUAGGAUACAUUAUCUCUUGUUCCAAGGUUUAGACCAGAGAUACUCAACAUGGAUCUCCUGUUUGAUGCUAAGUGGAGUUCUUAAAGUGCUCCAUUUCCCCUGCAUGGCACUCCAAAAAGCCCGCUGACAUAACUGUACUGUCCUUUCAAGGAAGCAUAAUAGCCAGUCAUUCUGGACUUAGGACUUUUUGGAAACAUUUCUUCUAUAGGAUUAAAAAUCUUUUUAAGAAUUUCAGAUUGAGAAAUACAGACUUCAUAAUGGUCUAGACUGUUUCAAAAUAUGAAAUCAAGCUGAAAUUAAAAAUUUUUACAUUUAAUUUUGUAUCUUAAUUUUUAUAUCAUGAAGAUGCCAAUGUUUUAAUGAAAAAGUAGAAAACUGGAGUAAAAAAAAUUCAGCAUCACCUAAUUUGUCUCAAAAUAUCAGUAUGAAACAGGAAUAAUAUAGUAACAAAAAUAGAACUUGUACACUGCCCAAAUUCAAUCAACUAUUUCUUUGAAACCAAGGUAUAUGGGAAGAUGAAUUUUUCAUCUCAGCAAUCAUUACCUUAUCAGUUUAACACUUUCCAACAGUGAAGGGAGCAUUUCUCUGUUUACACAAACUUCAUAAGUAUGCAUAUGCUGAGCCAUAGUUUGUCUUCCAUGUUUGAUGUCUAACCACCAAAUAUGUAUAUUUCAAAUUACGUUAUAUGACCCUGUGUCCUCUUCAGAAACAACAGUAAUGUAUUUGGCAAAUGUCUUGAAACAUGAAUUGUAAAUUAACAUAAGUAUAAUCCUGAUAAUAAGAAAGAGUCCCAAAAUACUUAUUUUUUAAAGUGUUAACAUUAGAAAAAAACAAACUAUUAUCAUCAGCUCUAUUUCCUGAAAAUUCAGUUGAGGUAACCUCUGCAAGUUACAGCUCCACAUUUGCAUACAGUUCUGAUCCUCUUUUUCGCAGGGCUAUGGUCAAUAGAAUCUGAAGAUACAUCUCCAGAACCUGAAUAUACAGAAGAAAAACAGGAGAGAGUGAAGACAAUUUAGAAUGAAAUUCUACUUUUCUAUUAGUUUUAAAGUAGCUAGCAAGGGUACAAACUUAUUCAAGAUCACUAGAGUAAGUUUACUCUCAAGGAAAUAAAAUUUUCCUGUUGUAUUUAUAAAUAAGAAUGUUCAGAGACAAUUCAUUGCUUUAAAAGGAUGGUGUAGGCUAGAUAAGAGGUAAAAUUUAGGUUAUUAGGCCACAUUUGAUAGAAUGGGUCUCUGCAACACUGAAACUUAACUGAGAAACCCCAAUAUAUACUAGUUCUUUUCAUAUAUUAAGAGCAAAUAAAGUCAAGUCAAGCCAUGACUAUGUAAAGGACACCAUUCUUAGAAAAAAAAGGGAAAAACAUUCAUAUUGUCACAAUAAAGCAAAUGUUCUUUUUAAAAUUCAGAUUCAAGAAGGAAUGGAAUAAGCUCCUAUGUGACUGAAAUCAUAAUUUCAAACUUCUGAAGAAACAUCAGUUAUUAAAAAUUCAGAAAUGUAGGCUUAUAAUUUUAAAAUACAAGCAGUAUAGUAAUGAAAAGGUGUUAUAAUAAAUUGGUUUCCAAAAUGGAAGUUCUGAAAAAAGCAUAAUGUAGAAGACACCAUUCCCCAGACAAGGAGAUAAGUUUGAAUCUUAAAACAAGGAACUCUUAUAGCCUUGAUUUCUUUCAUCUUUAAAUGUUAGUUUGGUGCAGAUGAUCUAAGGUCUUUUCUUAUUUUGGUUCUUCAUAUUGCAACUAACACCAAAGAAAUUAUACAUGAAAAUCAUACCUUUCAUUUGAUAAUCAAAAGUCAGCUCUUCUCCAGCAUUUAUGGUUCUCGUGGAAAAUAAUGCUAUUCGGGGAAGACGAGUAUCGAGGUUAUCAAUGAAAACAUUGAACACCUGAAGAUUUGGGUCACACUAAAAAGGAACGUUAGAACCCAUUUAAGUAAAAGUGAUGCGAACAAGGUCUUUUACACCUUUAAUUUCCCAAUGUAUUUUUUAAGUUUUACUGGAAAUUAAGUUGAUGUACAAAAGUAGUUUUCAUAUAUAAAAAAUUUUCAAAGAUACAUAAAAGUAAAGAAAAUAAUACAAUAAAUCCACAAAUAUCUCCUUAGUUUCAACAAUUAUUAACAAGUUUGCCCAUCUUCUUUUAGUCCCAACAUUUUUUUCCUGGAGAAUUUUAAUGCAAAUCCCAUUUAACACUAUUUCACCUAUCACUAUUCUCAGUAGGUCAUACACUUUAAAGAACCAGAAUAAUGGUAUUUUAAAAAUCAAAUCAGUAAAAUGGAACUCAAAUUUUAUAUUGUAUGGAGUUUCACUGCUUAAAAUGUUUGCUCAGAAUUGGUCAAUAUUUUGGGGACUCUACAUGAAAUUAUGGAAUAUCCAAGAAGAAAGAUCUAAGGAAUCAUACUAUGAAAUCAAGUUAAGCAUUUAAUUGUCACUGAAUAGAAUAAGUGCUUUGGGAAUAUAGUUGGCUGUUGGUGCAAUCUGCAUCCACAGACUCAAACACUGGCAGAUCAAAAUUGUUUGAAGAAAAAAAUUACAUCUGUACUGAACAUGUACAGACUGUUUUGUCAUUCUCUAAACAACAUAGCAAAACAUUACAUUGUAUUAGGUAUUACAGAUUAUUCCAAGUAUAAAAAAUGAUGUGCACAUACUAUAUACCAUUUUAUAUAAAGGAACUUGCGGGAUUCUAGUACCUACAGGGGGUCCUGGAACGAAUCCUCUGAGAUACAGAAGGAUGACCAUCUCUAAUUUAUCAUUCAGAAAAAAAUUCUUUAAAGUCAAAGUUUAAGUCACAAAACAAGAAGGUCAGAAGCUCUCUCAUGUUCUCACUGAUAAUCACAUGUCAUUUUCUUGUUAUGCAACCCAUUAAGUUACCAUGGUUUAUGAGGUCAGCUGUACAACUUACUCUCCAAAACACACUUUUCUUAUUAACUAUAACAUAUUGUCUAUAAAAUGGAGAUAUCAAACUCACUAGCCCUAUAUACCUGGCAUUUAGAAGGUGUCCCCAAAUUAACUUAUUUUUGGAAAUGUUUUUCAGAGGAUAAGAUUUUGGAAUUAUAAUUACAGCUUUAAGUUCUUUAAAACACAAAAAUUAAGGAAGAAUAAUUUAUAACUUAGGAAGAGAAAAAGCCCCAACUAUUUUAAUACUCUAUAAAUCCUUAAAUUUUAUUUUUAAAAAAGUUAACAUGCUUACAUUUUAAGAAAAUACAGUAGUCCUCCCUUAUCCAUGGGAGAUAUGGUCCAAGACCGUAGUGGGUUCCUGAAACCAUAAAUAGUAGCAAACCCUAUCUUUACUAGGUUUUGUCCCUAAACACAGACUUAUGAUACAUUUAUAAGUUAUGCAUAGCAAGAGUGACAAUAGCUAAAGUAGAACAAUUACAUAUAUGUAAAUGUAAUCUCUCUCUCAAAAUCUUAUUGUACUUUCUACCUUUGCACUUAAAAAAACAUACUUUACAGUUUCUCUUUGGCAUAUCCAAAUUGUUAUCAUCACUGCUCUUAUGUUUUGGGGCCAUUAAGUAAAAUAAUGGUUACCUGAACACAAGCACUGAGAUACUGUGAUCAUACAUCUCAUAAACCAAGACAGCUACCAAAUAUUAACGAGCAGACAGCAUAUACCUGAUAAUGCAUAUGAUGAUUCAAGUCUUGGGCAGGUUAUAGUGGGACAGUUAAGAAAUUUCACUGUACUGACCAGAAUGGAAUCAAUUUAAAACUUAAGAGUUAUUUAUUUCUGAACUCUUUUAUUAAAUAUUUUUGGACUGUUGACUGUGGAUAACCAAAAAUGUGGAAAGAGAAACUGUGGAUAAGAACUAUAUGUUCCAAAAUUUAGUUAUAUUAACUUGAAGUCAGAGUUACAUAUAGUUGCAAGUGGUUUCGGAGUGUUUUAUUUCUUAAUUCUCAUUCACUAAUUUCUUCUCUGAUAUGAAGGUAAAUACCUACCUUAUAAAGUUAAUGAAAAGACUAAGGAAAGUAACAUAUGUAAAGACUGGAAAAAUGUGGUAUUUGGUAAACACCCAAUGUUGAUCUUCCUAAUACAGCAAUAAUACCAUGAUUUAACAGAGGAGACCUCACAUUAAAAUAAUUUGAAAGGAUUAUGUUUAAAUAUAAUUAUUUUUCAACCAUAGGAAUUAAUUAAAAGUAGUACUAAGUUGAAUUAUUUGUCUUAUCUAUAAUUUAAGCAUUUCUUCUUACACUGUGAUUCACAAAAUGAGACACAUUUCCAUAUCGAGCUGCAUCCACUGUGAAUUCAUCAGAUUCAUAGUCCAGAUCAAAGAGAUAUGUGAUUCCUUUGUUGUCAUAUAAUUGCCCCCGUCUUUCAGCUUCUUCACUUGUGAUUACCUAGAUAAAAAACUAUAGUAUAUUAUGUAGCUAUUGCUGAACUGAAGAAACAUUCAUUCAUAGACUAUCAAUAUAUUAAUGCCUACAAAUGUUUAAAAAAGAAAUUCAGGUAUUAUCAAAACAAACAUUCAACAUGAAUUAAGAGCUAGAUGAAAGAGGCAGGGAAAAUGAAGGUGGUGAAAAAAGAAUGACUUUAAAUAAAAUGUGAAACAAGUUGAAACACUGCAUUACUUUCAUUAUUAUUAGGCUGUUCAAAAAGCUGUAACUAUACCUAUCUAAAACAAAAUAAGUAUUUUCCAAAUGUGCUUUGAAGGCCAAUUUUUCCUAUAACUAAUCUGCAUGCAGUUACAAAUGGAAAUUUGUUACAAACAGAAGAGAAGAUAUGUUAAAAUUGUAGUCAACAAAAAGUUUUGUUUUGUACAAAAUGUAUCAUGAAAUUCUGUGCCUGGAAACCCAUCAUCCAGGGGCUGGAGAUUUAACAAGUAGUGUUUGCCUUCUAUGUAUGAGGCCCUGGGACCCCUAAAACAUCAUCUGCAGUUCUGCUCGUAGGAACAAAACUUUAUCACAACCUCAGUUCAAUAAACCAAAAAUGUCUAAAGUGAUUCCUGCUAUCGACCAAAUUUGGCUGUGUUUACAAAAAAAAAAUGUAUAAGAUCCAGGUUCUUGAAUAAUGAUCUGUAAUAAUCUGCCAUUGUCUAAAAAUACAAGGAUCGAAACAAGAAUAUCAUCUAAUUUCAGAAUCCUAGAAGUCUACAGAAACCAGUCAGAUUUGACAAUCCCAGGCAAGCAAACCACACUCAUGUGUCUAGUACCAGCUUAAACCACCACUCCGUUUUAAGUAGUGUGGUACAGUCAACAGCACUCACUCUGAAUCCUAAUCCUUCUUUACAACAAUAUAAUCUAUGUGUCUUUCCUCAAUUUCUCUAUAUUUCAGUUUCUCUAAUAAUGUAGGUAAUAGUUCUACCUCAUCAAACUAAGAGGAUUGAGUUCAUAUAAUAAAAUGCUUAGAAUAGUACGUGACGUAUGAUGAAUAUUAUUUUUAUAUUUAUAUAUGGUCUGUAUAUAAAUUUGAUAUUUGGUCAUUCAGAGAAUGGUCUACAGUUCAAAGUAUCUGAGUUUCAGAUGCAGUUUGAUUUUCUUAUAUAUGUAAUAAAUGCUUCUGUGUACAUUUUUACAAUAAAGUGUUUGUCUACUCUAUUUUUCAUGUUGAUUCAAAAUAAGUAUUGCCAAACUUAACCAUAUUUGGUCAAAUGAAUUAAGUAAAUUAUAACUUUAAGGUUUCAAAAUCAAUGAGUUUAGGUCUGACUUUCUUAUCAAUGAAACUAUAAAACAGAAAACUGGUUGUCACAUUUUAAAAUAUACUAUGUUCAAUGACUAUAGAUGGGUGUUGAAAAAUGGCUGUAUCAACUUGCCAUUGCAUAUUUUUGCUCAAAUGUAAAAUUAAAAGUUUACAUUUUUAUUACCUGUGAACCUUUCUCCUAAACCUGAAAAUUUUUUAUAUCUGCAAAUGAUAUAUCAACUAUUUAUGUUAACUGAGGUAAAAACUUUAAAAAAAUAUACGCCUUACACAAACAUUAUGUGAUAAACUGAACGUACCUCUCCAACAUAUUCCAUGACAAAACUCAUUUUUUUAAUCUUCAUAAGUGUUUUUACACCCCAGCCACAGCCAUUGCUAGUUCGAAAGAUGCAAAGUGAAUACUGUGUGCCUUUUUGAACAAUCCUGUUGGGACAAUCGGGUCCACAUCGGCACCUUGAGUUGCAUUCAUAGAUGGGGGUACCAGGUGGGAUUCUAAUUUGUUGGUUCUUAUU